AUGGAAAAACGUCUUGACGAUCUUCAACAACGUUUACAAUCUUCUAUAAAUAAUCUCUGGUGUAAAACUCUUUCACAUGAAAUAAAUCGUCUAUCAUCAUGUCUAACAAAUAAAUUACCUAUUUAUCGAACACAAUUAACACGUGAACAAUUAUUAAUUUCAAUAAAAUCAAUUCAAGAUUUAAAUAUAAUAUCAACAAAUAAUGAUUUAUAUUAUCGUGGAUUAAUAAAUUAUCUUUUACUUCUAUCAAUUCAUACACAUAAACUUAUUUGUGAAAUAUUUCUUGAUCAUAUUUAUCAUUUAAAACAACAUCUUCAUUAUUGGAAACAAAAUGAAUCAAAUGAAAUAGGUAUAUUUGAUCAAAUAAAAACAACAUUUUGGUUUGAUAAAAAUCGAGAUGAUAUACGUAUAAUAGAAAAAAUUAAAUUUUUAACUAAACAAGAAUAUUAUCUAUCAAAUAUAAUUGGUCAUUUAGCUUAUACAAUAAAUAAUUUAGAACAACAAGAACAAAUUAAUCUUGAUUUAAUUAUGAAUUCAACUAAUGAACUUUAUAAAAUAUUAUUUGAUAAUACAUCAGUUAAUUAUAAUUCUCAUAGUGAUUUAUCUGAUGUUAUUGAAGUUUAUUCUCAAAUGUUAAAUUCAUUUGACGAAUUUAAAUUACGAUGGAUUGAUACAGUUCAUUUAUAUUAUAAACCAACACAUAUUAAACGUUAUCUUCCAUUUUAUGUUUGUUUUACCGCGAUAGGAUUUUAUACAUUAUUUAAAGUGUAUACGAAUAGACAACAAAUUAUAAAUUAUAUUUAUACAACAUAUGAUUCAUUGAAAUUUUUUAUCAGUGAACAUUUAAUAUUACCAUUAAAAACAAUCUAUGCAUCAACAUUUGAAUCACGUUCAUCACAAGCUGCAUUUGAAAAUUCACAAUUAAAUUAUACAAAUUCUAAAAAAAUACUUGAAGAAAUGUUAGAAGAAUAUGGACGUCAACAUGCGGAUAGUUUAGCACAAAUUAAUAAUACUACUGUAGAUGAAUUUUUAUUAACAUUAAAUGAACGUGCAAGAAAUGAAGAUAUGAAUGUUGUAAUGAAGAAUUAUCAACAAGAACUUAAUCGCCCUAUAAGAUCAGCUCUUUUAGGAGAUUUAAUUAAAGGUAUAUUAAUUCAAGUUCAAAAAGUAAAAGUUGAUGGUGAAGGGUUAGUGAUUCAAAUAGAUCAAUUAAUGAAACAAAAUGAAAUUAAUUUUAGUUUACUUGCUACUAUACCUGCUUUAUUAGUAAUUACAUUUAUAACAAUUUCAACAAAAAAUAUUCUUGCUAAUAGAGUUAUUAAACAACGAAAAUUUGAUUUAUCAACACUUCGUCAAAAAAUAAUACGUAAACUUCGAGAAAUUGAACAUGUACUUAUUUUUAAUAGUGAAAUACCAGCAUUAACAAUAAAUGAUAAUGAAUUAAUUGUAAAAGAAAAAGAUAAUAAUGAAGAAAAUAAUAAUGAUCAAACAAAAAUGACAUAUUUAACAUAUGGUUAUUUUCUUUCUUUACUUUAUGAAUUAAAAUAUUUUACUACUCAACUUAAAUCAAAACGUAUGCUUUCAAAAGAAUUUAAUGAAGAUAUUAAUUUAUUAACAUAUACACAAUUAUCGGUGAAACAAAAACUAAUGAUUAUUCAACAAAUAGGUCAUUCAUAUUCAUUUCUUGUUCACUCUUAA